AUUACGGUGAAAAACAAAAGUAGUGUUGAGCUUUCCUUUCUUCAUCAAUAAAAUAAAAUGGGUGAACCUAUGGAUAUUACACCUACUGCAGGUCCCAUGUCAAUGGAUGUUUUAAGUUUAAUAAACUCAUCCCGUCAAACAUAUGGUCUUAGACACCAAGAUUAUCAACGUUAUCGUGAAUAUUGCACCAACCGCAUUCAUCGUCUUCGACAAAUUCUCAAGUUGACACAAGCCAACAAUAAACAAACCAACAUUCGCAAGAGUAUUCCUCAAGAAAUUAACGACGUCCGUUACUUGCACCUUUUAAUUUACGAGAGUGAACGCGCUUGGGCUUUCUCCAUGGAGUUAAAACAAGAAUCUUCCAAGAGUAUGGAUACCCGCCAGCGUCAUCAUCUUGUCAAACGUUUGAAAAGAGCUUCUCAGUAUGCUCAGCAAUUGUACACUUUAUGUGAGAAUCAAACUGUGGACAGUAGAACUGUCCUGGACGUCAAGGCUUAUGCUGCCUUGAUGAAAGGAUAUCUUUUAUUUGAACAACAACAUUGGCAAGAAGCCUUGGAUCAACUCACAGAGUCAAGAACCAUCUACGAAAAAUUUGCAAAGUUGAAUAGCAAUGCUGAACAAGAAGCUUUAUGUUAUUCAUUCAUCGAUACCAUUGAUCCCAACAUUCGUUUCUGUGCUUAUAAACUCGGCAUCAACAAGGAAAUCGAUGAUAUUGUAUCAUCCUAUCAUUCCGACGCAUUAAAUGCUCAAUUGGCCACCAUCCAAUCCAAUAAAAAGGAAACCGUCACUAAAUUCAUGACAUGGCGUCAAAAGGAAUUCACCAUCAAGGUCGAAGCACUUGUACAAGCAGUCGAAGAGAAGGAUUGGUCUGAAGCCGAGAAAUUAAUCAAGAAGGCCUUGAAAGAGGAUAAGGAAGCCACCGCUAAAAUCACUUCUUCUAAAUCCGCAAAGGCCACCGAGGAUUUGAAAAUUAUCUUUACCAUGGUCGAAUAUAACUUGUUUGGCAACCAAAUUCAACGUAAUUUAGCAUCCAUUGCCAACACCGAUAAGCCUCAACAAGCUGUUAAAUUAUACGACGAUAUCAUGAAGAAUAUUGAAUAUAUUUGGGAAUUACCUAAUGUUCGUGAUGAUUUAUCUUUGGAUGGAGAAUUGAAUGUAUUAUCACUUUAUUAUAAGGCACAACGUUGUAUCCAAGUGGCUUUAUCUUAUGCCGAUAUGAAGAAGACACCUGAAUCACUUGCCAUUUAUCAACGUGCACAAAUGUAUGUAGUUCAAGCUAAACAAGAACUUGCACAAAUCAAGACAUUUUCUUCAGAUGCCCUUUUACGUGUUUCGGAAUCGGAUUUACUCUCUGUUGAAAACGUUAUUCGAUCGGGUACUUGGAAAUCGCGUGCUGCUUGGUUCCUUGAACAUGGUAGUCAAGAUCAAGAUGAGGUGACAGAAAAGUUAGACCAAUUAAAUUUAGAUGCCGAUGCUUUAAUUGAUCAAUUGGAUGCUUAUCCCUCCGUCAUUCAACCCAACCAUUUGGUGGACUUCCCUCCCAAGUUCCAACCUGUGGCUUGCAAACCCUUCUACUUUGACUUGGCAGCUAACUUUGUGAAAUACCCUGAACAAUCCUUGAAUGAACGUACAGAAAAGACGACUUCUGGAAGUGGUUUCUGGAAUAUCUUUGGCAGAAAGUAAAAAAAAUAAUUAAAAAAUGUAUCUUAAUAAGGAAAUCCAAUCAUUGUACUCGCUUUCAUUGUUAAAUGCAUAUCCAUAUUUUUUUUUUUUCUUAAUCCAAAACCCAUUAAUGUUUACACUCCGUGCUCUCCGCUUUAAAUAACAUUGCAUGAGCGAGUAAUUGUUCAUUCUUUUUUUUUUUUUUUUUUUUUUCAUUCUCUUCUCUUUAUUUCUUUCUUCU